AUGCCGAUGACUUGGAACCAAUCUACCAUUUUAGAAGCUGACACAUCGCAGAAGGAACUUGGCCUCCCACCUAGUAUCAUUGACAACCUUCGGCACAGUGUCACGAUCAUUCUUCAUAACUUAUGGCCUAUCAACCUCAAUUGGGCAUUCUCCUCAUUUGGACCCCAUCUUGUCGGCCUGGUUAACCUUUUCCACUUCUGUGCGGUCGCAUUUGCCCCACCAAAGCUCUUCCGGGUCUCUUCCAUUGGUGCCCUUCUCAAGCUGCACGGCGACUCCGGGACAUUGCCUGAGCAAUUGAUACAGAUGGAUCAGCCUAGUGUUAAGAACUACGGCGAAAGCAUAUACGUCGGAGAGCAGCUUCUUCACUACGCCCAUGACCAGCUAAGCAUACCCAUAUCUACCGCUCGACUGACAUACACCCCGGGCACAAUGGAACAUCCAUCCCGUUGGAGUCACGUCGACUGGAUUCCCGUUGACCUAUUAUCUGACAUCUUCGUCGAUCUUGCGCUAUCCCAUGGUUUUGACGGUGCUAGAAGGGGUAACGAAGUGGAGUGUCGACUCCAGGUCUUUCAUCCUGUAAAUCUUCACUCCGUCGACUGGCGUGUCGUUCACAAAAUCAUCAUCGAGGAGACACAAACCAUCACUGGUCAACGCUUGAAACCCAUUUCACUUCAUCAAUGGAUACAGCAAAUCCAAAUCGAGCAUGAUUCACAUGUUUCAGGCUCUGAUCAACCCCAUAACCAAAACCAGGAGGAAGAGGGAUACCGGACCUCAUGCGGGCAAAAGAUGUCUGGUCUACAUACCGCCAUGCGCAUGCUGGACUUCUAUCGAGAUGUAUUUGCCAGUGAUGCGAUACAUGCAUUUACCGAGACUGAAAAGAGCGCCAAAUCGAGUGCUAUACUCCGGAGCGAUCCAGCGGUUCAAAAUGAAUGGAUCCGGAAGUGGGUGCGCGAAUGGGUUGAAGCUUCUUCCUAG